UGAGAUGUCAAUGUCAUUCAUGUAGUAAUUUACUUUACAUCUGUUUUACAUAGUUCUUUCUUUAAAUUCUUGAGAAUUAAAAAAAUACAACAUUCCUCCUGAAUUUUCUAGUGUGAAGUCGUGACUAUUAAGUUUCCCAAGUAAAUAACAGUUACGUAAGCUCUUCCUACUAUCAGGAGUUUAAGCAAAUUUUAUAACCUAAACAAAGAAGAUGCAAGUUGUAACUCAAAUCUAUCUUUUCCGAAACCCGUAUACAAUUUGUUACAUCAACGAAGAAGUUGUAAUUUUAGCCAACGACGAACUAUACAAGGUUUUGAAUUUGAAUCAGAAGGCAUAUCCAGAUAAAGAUAAUGAUAAAGAAGGCUCCAGUGAUGUUGUAAGGAAAAGGUUGCGACUGGUGGUUAGUGCGUAUUUUCUAGGCCUUUUUUUGAGAGAAUGUGGUAAUUCUGAAGCAUAUCGCCACAACGUUGUGGAGCGCUUCAAAACAGUUAGUGGAUAUGAUAAUGGUACUGUUUUCUUGAAAUUAAUUCUAGAACCACCAGACCAGGAAAUCUUAGAUUAUGCAUGGAAUGAUAAGAUGUUGAAGUUGGUAUGGACCAGAGUUGAAAUAGAAAAUGCUUUUUCCUGGCUCUCGACCCUGGGAGGCGCCUACUCAGCAUUAGGUGACUACUUUGAACAUUGUGCUGAGGAAGCGGGCAGAAUAUCAGUAAGACAGUAUAAACUCUCAAAGAUGCUUGGAGACCAUGGGUUGGCGGCACGAAGUAAACUCUAUUCGGCCCUAUCAUACUCCCAGAAAGGGAAUCUGAAGAUAUCUAGACGAAUCGUCAGAAAUGUUGCUCAAUUUGCUAAAGAAACAAAUGAUAAGCGACUGAUGAGAAUGUGCCAGGGUGUUUGGGCUAAGUUGAAGUAUUUAAGGGUGCUGCGGAAGAAUGCCAACUUACAAGCGGGAGAUAAGGGCAAUGGCAAUGUUAUCAAUGGAAUUAAUUAAUGUUUAUGACUGAUUUGUUGUGUAUUAUAAAGCAGGUUUUAUUCGGUAAAUUAUUUAAAAAAUGUAUAGAAAACAAACAGACCAACAUGUGGUUGUCUUUUUAGAAUAUGCUAAAGAGAUACCUUAGAACAAAAUAAUUUUAGUUAAAUAGCUGAUUGAAAUGAAAAAUUGUAAUAAUUUAUCAUAACAUUGAAGAUCUAUCAGAAACAUAAUUCUUUGUUAACCAGUGAUCAGAUAUAAUUUUUUUGCUAAUGCUAGUCAAAAUGUUUAAUGGAAAGUGAUUAAAGAAACCCGAAAAAGAAUACUUACUGAUAAUUUGGACUCUUGUAGUAAAAGUAUUGUUAAUAAAUGCCAUUGAAGAUUCCCAAAAAUGGGCAUUACAAUUUUUUGUUGGUGCUGUAUGUAAAUAAAUCCUAUUUUUUUGUUA